AUGAAAGGGCUACAAUGGGAGCAUAUUGAAUCAACAAGUAUGAAAUGCGAGGAUCUGGGGCUUGUUGAAUCCAUUGAUUCCUUACUAUAUGCUGUCAAGAAAUCCAAAAUGGGAGAGGACAAAGUUGAAAUAGCUGUGGAAAUCAAAUAUUUUAGUCAUGAGCAUGACUUAAAGCUUAUUGAUGAGCAGCUUGAGAAUGACGAAAAAUGUGAUGGGUGUAUGUGGCCUAUCUACCCUCCAUUUUAUACCUGUACUCCAUGCAGAUUCUUUCUUCACAAAUCUUGUGUUGAAUUACCCACGAUAAAGUCGCACCCACUUCAUCGACACCCCCUCGCUCUCCUCCCUGAGCCACGUGAUGUUGAUAAAUAUUUUGUUUGCAAUGCUUGUAGGCACAAUUGUAAUGGCUUCGUCUAUCACUGUGACAAAUGCAACUUCGACCUUGAUGUCCAGUGUAGUUCGAUGCCUGACAUCUUUAAGCAUGAAGGUCAUGAGCACCGACUUAUUCUCUACAGUGCAUCAAAUUUUGAAAAGUGCAGUUCUUGUGAUUUUGGAGGACAAAUCUUUCGUUGUGCUCAUUGUGAAUUUACUUUGGAUUUCAAAUGCGUUACACUGCCGCUUACCACAAAAUACGGACCGUACGGACAAUCGUUCGCACUUUGUUAUAAAGUUGAAGAUGAUUAUGAUGAUGAGUAUUAUUGCGAUAUUUGUGAAGAACCAAGAGAUCCAAAACAUUGGUUUUACUAUUGUGGAGAUAUUGAUUUUCCUGCUCAUCCAAAAUGCAUUCUUGGGAAAAAUCCAUUAAUUAAGUUUGGGAAAACUUAUAAGUUUGACAAGCACGAACAUCGCCUCGCUUUUGUUGACAAUAGCAGCAAGAGCAUCCAUCCUACAUGUAAUGAAUGUGAUGUUCCUUGCGGUGAUUGGACUUUCGAAUGUGUCAAAUGUAAUUUCAAUCUUCACCAUUGGUGCUUAUAA